AUGCAGGCUUGAAGCGAUUUGGCGGACACGAUGAUCUGUUAUGGCCCGCGACACUACAAACGACCCCGAUGCCGCGCGCAAGGGAGGCAGCAACGAAGAGGCGACGGGUCUGCUGCAUGCAGAACAUGGCACUCCCAGGGACGAUUUGGGGGAUGACGAUGAAGAGAACCAUAUCGUCUACGCCAAGCCUUCAUCCCCGGUGAAAGAGUCAAAGCCCCGUACGAUACGACAGUCGAGUUUUGCGCAGAGCAGACCCAAUGGCGAGCCCAGGACGCCGCAUAGAGUGCGCUUCGAGGUCAGCGAACCAGACGCCAUUGGAGAGACGCACCACGACUGGAUCGAGGAAGAAGACUACAUGGAUGGUCACGCUUCUCCUGGCGGACAGCAGCGAGCGCCUCUCCUGACGGGCAUUGAGGCGCCCAGUGUGUCCGUCGCCAACGACAUCGAGUAUCUCGAGGAAGACCUGCUCGAAUCUGCCCGGCCCAAGAGUGGUCUCGGCAGUGCUUUUAUGAACAUGGCCAACAGCAUCAUCGGCGCGGGAAUCAUUGGACAACCAUACGCAUUCAAACAGGCAGGCCUCUUGACCGGCAUUGUCCUCUUGCUCGUGCUGACCAUCACUGUCGAUUGGACGAUUCGCCUGAUUGUCAAGAACUCCAAAUUGAGUGGAGCCAAUUCUUUCCAGGCCACUAUGGAGCACUGUUUCGGCAAGUCCGGCUUGGUCGCAAUCUCGGUCGCUCAAUGGGCUUUCGCCUUUGGAGGGAUGGUUGCCUUCUGCAUCAUCAUUGGAGACACGAUACCCAGAGUCCUUGCCUCCAUGUUCCCUUCGUUGCACACCAUUCCAGUCCUCGGACUGCUUACAGAUCGGAGAACCAUCAUUGUGCUCUUCACUUUGGGCGUUUCAUAUCCCCUGUCGCUGUACAGAGACAUUGCCAUGCUGGCCAAAGCUUCCUCGUUGGCUCUCAUCAGCAUGGUGAUCAUCCUGGUGACCGUCCUCAUCCAGGGCCCAUUAGCACCGGACGAUUUGAAGGGGCCGAUCAAAUCCAGUCUCAUCAUCAAUGCGGGCGUCUUUCAGGCCAUUGGCGUCAUCUCUUUCGCUUUCGUGUGUCAUCACAACAGCUUGCUCAUCUACGGCUCGCUGAGAACACCUACCAUGGAUCGAUUCGCAAAAGUCACACACUGGAGCACAUCCAUAUCGAUGAUUGCGUGUCUCGUCAUGGCCCUCGCAGGGUACUUGAUAUUUGGAAGCAAGACACAGGGCAAUGUUCUGAACAACUUCCCCAACGACAACUUCAUGGUCAACAUCGCUCGACUCUGCUUUGGCCUGAACAUGCUCACCACACUUCCACUGGAAUGCUUCGUCUGCCGAGAAGUCAUGACAGAAUACUACUUUCCCACCGAAAACUUCAACCCUAAUCGCCACCUGAUCUUCACGACCUCGUUGAUUCUCUCCGCCAUGGGCAUGUCGCUCAUCACCUGCGAUUUGGGCGUCGUGUUCGAGCUCGUGGGAGCUACGAGUGCGUGUGCUUUGGCAUACAUUCUGCCGCCUUUGUGCUACGUCAAACUCACCACUCGCCGCACCUGGGAGGUCUAUGCCGCAUAUGUGUGCAUUGCAUUUGGGUGUACGGUGAUGAGCAUCAGUCUGAUUCAAGCGAUUGGGAAAAGUAUCCGAGGUGACCCGGGAGGGGGUACGUGUUCUGUCAGUUAAAAAAAAUAGACGAUACGAUACGAUA